AUGGCAGAAUGCCAAUCAGAUGAGCUUCAAGCUCGAAUGUCAGCUUAUGCUAGUGGUGAGAUGGAUGUAGCGGCCCUUGUUGAUGACUCUCAUCAUAAAGCACGACUACUAGAAGAAUGUGAACAACUCAGAAGUAAAUUGUCACAGGCGAAUGAGCGCGUACAAGAAGUGGAGGCGAAGUGGAUCACUGACAAAGCGGCACUCGAUCGUCGAUUGUUGGAUCUUGUAAGAGAACGGGAUCGAAUGCAAAAAGAACACGAAGCUCAAGAAGGCACAUGGAAGAAAACAAUGAGCGAGAAGGAUAAGCUAGCCCGGGAGAAACAAGCCCGUCUUGAACAGAAAAUUCAAGAAUUGGAAGCAAUCCAGAAAACCAUGCAGGGUAAGUUGAGUCAUCCCCGGUAUUUAUGGAUCUUACCAUGAGC